AUAAUACAGCAGGUUAUUUUGACUUUGAAAAAAAAAAAAAAAUAUUUAUUUACAUAAUAUAUUUUUUCGGGUGACUUCCUAAUUGGUUAAUAAAAUUGACUUUUCCCCCCCUUUUUAUUAUUAUUAUUAUUAUUAUUUUAUCUAUAAUCAUACAGAAAUGACAAAUACCACAACUUCAGGCCCUGAAAUACAUGCUUCAGUCUUGCAAUUUUUAUUAAAUCAUGGCUACAUGGAAUCUGUUGAAGCUUUUAAACGAGAAGCCCGUCAUCAACUUGAUCUAUUAUCUUCUGAUGAAUCUACUGAUGUCCAACUUAUUAAUCGUUUAUCUCAAUUACAAAUUCAAAGGAGAGUUGAUGAAUUAAAGGAUGGAGAUGGAGAUUAUUUUACAACCUUAACAUCUGACUUGUUAGAUAUUCAUUAUAGUAAUAUUCUUACAGUUGCAAUUGAACCUCAAACGCAUAUAUUAGCAACAAGUUCAAUUGAUAAAACAGUAAAAAUAAGCACUAUGCUUUGCAAAUCCAAUACUCAAAUAGCUCCAAGGACGUAUUCUCAUCAUCAAGCACCUGUUUUGAGCAUUGAAUUUCAUCCUCGCUUGCCUCAGCUGAUGCUAACGACAUCUAUGGAUGGCACAAGUGCGCUUGUCAAUGUUUCCUUUGAAGAGAGUCUAAACGAUCAAGAAGCAGAAAAAGUGGGGCUACAUCAAUUAUUUAGAGAUCAUAAAAAAUAUGUAGUUCGUGGUUUGUUUUCACCUGUAGAGGGAAAAUACAUAGCUACUGCUUCUUAUGAUCGUACUGUGUGUAUCUACAGUAUGGAGCAAGAAGAUGAAGCACAAAAUCUACCCAAUUAUAAGUUAAUAAAGCAAGUAGGACCCUUUAUUGGUAAUGUAGAGACGAUAUGUUUUGUAGAUGAGAUAACGUUAGUGAUUGGAGUCAGGGAUGAUAACUAUUUACAUUAUCUCAAUCUGGAAACAAUGCAGCAAGAACGUAUCAAUAUGAACUCUACAGGAGAUGACUGGGUAUCUUUCUCACCUGUUUAUAUUUCAGUUUCCUCAGACGGAAGUCAAUUAUUAUGUACAACAGAUCAUGAUAGUGGAAGAACAAUCUUAUUUGCAACAGGAGAAUCAAGACAAUUACAAAAUUAUUAUAUUAACGCGACAGAUAAUAAGUUUAUUACAAGAAGACAUGUAUGGCAUCCCUCUGGUCUUUAUUUUUAUGCUACAGGUAGUGACGAUAAUACUAUUUCAGUUGUCGAGACUAAAUCUGGACGCGUGAUUACUAAAUUAGCAGGACAUAAAGCCAUGAUACGUUCAUUAGUACUAGAUUCUGAACUAGGACUUAUUAGUGCCGGAUAUGAUCAUUCAGUCAAACUCUGGUCAAAGCCAUUAAAUAAUCUUUUAAUAAGAUAAUAAAAUUUUAUUUCUUUCUUUCUUUC